AUGACGAAAAAGUUGUCGUCCACUGAAAAAAAGAAACGCAAGGAAGACCGCGCCGCGGCCAAGGCGGCCCAAAAGGCCCCCGCGGAAGAAAGCGAGUCUGAGCCACCGCCCUCUCCUACACCCAAAGCGCGAGGCAAGGGCAAAGGCAAGGCCCAGGCUGGGCCUUCGACCGGAGACCCGGCAGCAGUGAGUGCCGCUGCGAAGAAGAGUAAAGGCAAGGGCAAAACGCAGGCGGCGGGGCCAUCCGCCGCAGAUGAUCCGAUCCUUGGAGAUCUUACUGCGACAUCGGGGGAUGACACGGCGAACACGCGGCCACCCGCCCCAGCGCGACAGGACGAGGCUGGGUCAAGCCGAGCGCCGAUCGCCAAGGCGAUGCGACCGAAACCCAAGCCGAAAAAGAAGGCGGCUGCCGCUCCUGCAGCCCCAGCGCCAGCGCCCGCGCCAGCUCCCGCUCAACCGCCGACGCCGCAGCAGCUACUGCCGUCUUCCAGCAUCCCAUCGACUCCGUCGGCCCCCACGCCAGCGCCGGCUGCAAGAGUCGGGAAAAGAAAAGCAGAAGUCGUGUCGGCCGAGCCGAACAAGAAGACCAAGCUCGACCCGCCUGCGACGGUCAAGAAACAGAUGGGGAUCGUCGUUGCGAUGUACGGGGCUCUGGGACAACUGCUGCUCCGGUGCAGUACCCUUUUUGACGACUAUGAAGAGGAGGACGGAUCGAUGGCGACGCCGGCAUUUGUCCUGGAGCUCAGGGAGAAGGGGGUGUAUCCACUUUGGGAUACGAACCCUCCUGCGGGCUCGGAGUUCACGCCGGAGGAACACGCGAACAUGCGUGCGGAGCUGAUCGGUGUGGAUCGGGACAUCAUCACUUGGGUUCACAAGACCGCCCGAGGGUUCGACUGGUCGCAAGCACCGGAGUUCGAACGCCUGAUGAUCAAGGCGUCGAAGGAAAACUGGGACUUGACGCAUUCGGCACGGUUUACGGAACUGGUGAAGAAAUCGGAAGUAGGUGAUCCUCUUGAACUGUUCAUGUCGGAUGCGUUUCAGAUGCAAGACGCGGCCAACGCCAGGGUUCCUCCCGGACAACACCACUACGGCCGGGUCAAGCAGGACAUCCUGAUCGACCUGUACCGCUCGUCGAUCAGCUCGAGUUGGAUGUCGGGGAACGCCGAGCUUUUGUUUUCAAUGCUCUUCGACCGUCAAACCGACGCGCUCAAGGCCCGAGCGAGUCGAGCAUUGAAGAAGGCGCACGAACGCUGGGAUGACUUCUUCGCGUUCUUUCCUAAGAAGCCGGCGGGUGAAGUCUUGGUGGGGGCGGACAUCGCGGCCGCGAAGUUGAGCAGUGCGGGAAAGGCCGCAGUGGCGUUCCUGAGAGGAAUGGGAAUGGUCCCCGUCGAAGACAGGGAUCGAUUCAAACUUCGCGAGAUCGACGUCACCACGAAGGCGCAAUUGGCCCAACACCUGGCGGGUUUCCUGCCCGAAGUCAAGACAAAGAAGGUGUCCGAUGAGAACGCGAAAGCGGCUUGGGGUUGGAAGACGGAGGUGGCGGGGCGUACGCUGGGAUACUUGAGCGUAGUGGCUGAGUUCAAGGGUCACGAAUCAUUGGAACCGGCCGAAGAGAUGGCCCGCCUUGCAUACUUGCGCGGAAGGGCCGGCGCGACCGCCUGGGGCGUUGACCCCGAAAUGGUCAGGAACCUGGACCCCGCUGUGUUCGACGAGAUUGCUGGUUCGAUCUGGGACGCCUCCCAAGAAGUCGCCGUCGACCACAGCAACGCCGCAGCGACCACUUUGUUCUCUGGUGAACUGGACGCCACCGCUGCGCUGAUGGCGGGAUUUGACAACGGCGCCCACGCGAAGUUCCAGGACUGGAAUGUGGACCAGUUGAUCGCGUACUGUGGCGGCUGGCCUUAUUUUCUCCGAAAGCACUGGGCGCGCGACCCCCGCCAAUACCAGCUUGGCACGGGCGAUGUCGAAAUCCCCGGGAUCACCACCGUCCUCGUGCCUCAUUGGCAUCAAGCGGUCAUGUGGGCCGGAUUCAGCCGGGUCUUGGCACAACCGGCGCCAGAGAAAACGGAGGCGCCGACGGAGGCGCGGAAUUCGAGUACCACCGCGCCUGACGCAGAUACGGGUGGUCGCAAACUGAGAUCCAUCAACGGCAAACAAUCUGUGCCCAUAGGGCCGUCCCUGGUCGUCGUACCGAACAGCUUGGUACAGCAGUGGGUUACUAGUUGCCAGUCGCACUUUAACGAGCAAGUGCGCGUGAUCGCGAUGCCCACGGCCCAGCGGAUGUGGAAAGACGCAAUGGCCAAGAUCCCCAAGGAGGGGAACACGACCGUUGUGGUGAUUAGCUACACGACUCUUCGCGGAAUGCAUGAUCUUAUUUCCCGCCCUUCACGGCUGCCGUUCCAGAACGGGGAGCCCCUGCGCUCGACAGUGUACUCGCGGUUCUGGACAACGGUUGUCUUGGACGAAUCGCACUCGGCCCGCAAGACCGGUAGGGUCUUCAGUGCCUGUCAGGCGCUGCUGCUAGUCGCGUUCAUCAAGCUGCUGAUGACGGGAACCCCCGUCAUCGAAAGCCCCAGGGACGUCUUCAAUCAACUACGGCUUCUCCGCCCGAGCACGGGGCCCCAACACAUCCUGGAUCGAUGCGAGCGCCUUUUGGCCGGGUCGGCGCGUCUCCAAGCCCGCGAACGCCUCAAAAACCAACAGAGCCGCCUUGAACUGCAACAGUCAGCGUUGACCGCAGGCGUCGAAGGCCUGAAGCACAACGCGGACAUGGGCGCGAGCAUGGCGGCCCUCAAGCACGUCAUGUCCCUUCAGCGAAACUUGUUGGGCAAUCACGUCCUCGUGCGAGACAUGGCAUCCCUGCGCACAAUCAAGAAAACCGUGGGUGUCGGACUCCCAGAGCUGGAGCAGCUCACCAUUGUCACUCCCUCGCAUGCUGACGAGAUCGAGUGGGGCGACAAAGUGCUCAUUCAACAAGGGACCGCCGCCGUAUCGCUGAAAGGGGCCGGGGAAGGGAAGCAGUCGUUUUACCUCGAAGCUCGGAAAGUGACUUCGUUUGCCGAGGCCGCGGUGGGGAGAGUGGUGGAGACGUCCGGUGUCAACGCGUUCUGGAACAAGGAGGACGCCCGCUUCUCUAAGGUCACGGCCAUUGCGUUGCUCCUGGAACGAAUCCUGGAUUCCGGUGCCCAGUCCGUCGUGGGCACUCUGGCUCUCAAGCGCGACGUUGUACGCAUGCAGGAAUUAGGAUUCCCACCCGCCGAUCACCCUCAAGCCGCCCAAUUCCUCGGCACUCUGAGUCAGGCGCAGCGCUCGAAACCGGUCACCGAAAAGGUGAUCAUCUUCACGUAUUUCGCCAUGUACAUGGAGUACGUGCAGGUUUUCCUCGAGCACGUCGGGUUCCGAGUCCUGGCUAUCAACGGCUCGGUCACCAAGACGGUCAAAGCCAGACAAGCCGUGAUUGACCGUUUUCGGGAUGGGGACUAUCACGUUCUAGUGGUAUUGGCCCCGAAAUAA